AUAAAUACAUAAUUUUGAUUUUACAAAUUAUUGAUUUUUAUUAAGAAAUACUUUUUUUUAUGUAGGCAGUGGAAUAUCUGUGCCAAUCCCACGUUCAUUUAAAAAGAUUAAAGAAGAUUUAAAUCAAAAUAUCACUUCUGGAAAAUACAUAUUAGAAACAUUGAUUGAACCUAAAAUAUAUUCAUCAAUUUCUACAGAUAAACAUGGAAAAAUAGAAAUUUCCAAAUCUUCUAUUUCAGGUAGAAAGAUUUCAUUGCAUGAAUUACGCAAAAAGAUUUUUGAAAAUCAUAUAUCGCAAAAAAUUAUUCGAGAAAAUCCGACAGGAAUAUAUAGCAGAAAUUUGAUAAUUUGGUCAGAUCAUGCUUCAAUUUUAAACUCGGGUCACUUAUUACUCACUGUCAAACCAAUUUAUGAUGAUGAACUGUACUAAAAUGAUAAAGAAAUGUUUGACAAAACUGGUAACCAUUACAAUGUCCAAGAGUUGAUGGAAACUCCUCAUUUGUACAUAUUUGGAUGCAUAAAUGACACAAUUGCAGGGAAACUGUCUUAUGUAGAAUCUAGAUUAGAAGAUAUUAAAGAUUUGCAUAUUCCCAUAAAAAUUAACGGAAAAGAAAUUCAUGACGUCUUAAGAUUUUUUCACGGUGAUCAUCCAGAAAUCCAAUUUGAAGCUGGAAAUCUUCAUGGUGGUUAUUAUCCAUGCUUAUGUGGGUGUAAUGUUAAUCAAUUUACAGAUUUACCAAUUGUUUAUUCACAUGACAUCAUAUCAUUAGAAGAUAGAAGGAGAAAAGUAAUGUAACAUCACUUUUAAUUAAGGUUCUCACGCACCCAGUUUUGUGUAUUAUACACAUUUCGAUAUAAAAAUAAGUUAAUUUUUCUCUUACUAUAAAAUUUAGGCAAAAUAAUUACAUUUUAAACAUA